AUGGGCGUCUCCUUCUCCAGCCUGCUCGGCCCGCUGGCCUUCUGGGCGCGCGACCGCGAGGUGCGCAUCCUCAUGCUCGGCCUCGACAGCGCCGGCAAGACGACCAUCCUCUACCGCCUCCAGCUCGGCGAGGUCGUCAGCACCGUGCCGACGAUUGGCUUCAACGUCGAGACCGUCACGUGGAAGAAUGUCAAGUUCCAGGUGUGGGACCUCGGAGGACAGACAUCCAUCCGGCCAUAUUGGCGCUGCUACUACGCCGACACAACUGCCGUGAUCUUCGUCGUCGACUCGGCGGACCAUGCGCGGCUCGAGACGUCGCGCUCCGAGCUGCAGCAGAUGCUGGCCGAGGACGCACUGGCGUCGGCCAAGCUGCUCGUGUUUGCCAACAAGCAAGACCUGGCGGGCGCACGCAGUGCCGCAGACGUCAGUGCGGCGCUGGGCCUGCCUGAGCUCAAGGGCCGCAGCUGGAGCGUGGCUGGGUGUACGGCGACGAAGGGCGAGGGACUCGAGGAGGGACUGGAUUGGCUUGUAUCAUCUCUGUAA